AUGUCCAACGAAACAGCUCCUAUCGCCGUCGGCCUGAUGGGCACGGGCGAGUACACAACUGGUAUCACCCCCUCAGGACAGUCCAAGUCUGACAAGAAGAUCGGUGUCGUCGGUAUCACCAUGUUCGACCUGCGUCGACGUGGAAAGGUUACCGACAUUGUCAUGGCUGGUACGAACGGUGGAAAGUUCCCCGAAAUCCAGGCGCACUUCCAGAAGAACAUUGGGGACGUCUACAAAGGCCUCGACCUGAGCUUCAACGGUUUCCCCCAGGGAAACAACCGGAACCCCGAGGCUUACAAGGAGGCGCUCAAGUCCCUGCCCAAGGGAUCCGCAGUCAUCAUCUUCACCCCUGACUCGACCCACUUCCCCAUCGCCGCAGAGGCACUUAACCUCGGCCACCAUGUCUUGGUAACCAAGCCGGCGACGCAGAAGCUGGAGGACCACCAGAAGCUCGCGGAGAUGGCUGCGGAGAAGGGCUUGGUGUGCUUUGUUGAGCACCACAAGCGUUUCGACCCUGCUUACAACGAUGCUCGUGCUCGCGCCCAGAAGCUCGGAGACUUCAACUUCUACUCUUCGUACAUGUCGCAGCCCAAAUUCCAGCUCGAGACCUUUAAGUCAUGGGCCGGUAUCGACAGUGACAUCUCCUACUACCUCAACUCGCACCACAUCGACAUCCACUGCUGGAUGGUCGAAGGCCGAUACCGCCCCGUCAAGGUCACCGCCUCCGCCACCACUGGUAUUGCCACCUCGAUGGGCUGCGCCCCUCAGACUGAAGACACCAUCACUCUCCUGGUGGACUGGCAGAACGUCAGCGAUGAGAAGCAGCACGGGACCGCCGUGUACACUGCUAGCUGGGCCGCACCGCUCAAGGCCGGUGUGCACUCGGAGCAGAGGUUCCACUAUAUGGCUGCCAAGGGUGAAGUAAGGGUAGACCAGGCACACCGUGGAUACUCGGUUGUCGAGGACGACAUUGGCAAGCUCGACUACAACCCCUUCUACGUGAAAUACUCGCCGGACGAGAACGGCUACUUUGAUGGGCAGAAGGGCUACGGAUACAUCUCGCUCGAGAAGUUUAUCGACGCUGCACGAGAAGUCUCUUCCGGCCGGGCUAAGGCUGCGGACUACGACGGGAAGGGUCUGCCAACGAUCAAGGCCACUAUUGUCACGACAGCUCUGCUCCAUGCUGGACGUAUCUCGCUUGACGAGAAGCGGUCUGUAGAGAUCCGGGAGGAGGGAGGCAAGCUCAAGCUCAUCUAG